CUGUUUUGGCAUAUAUGAAAACGCUUUUUUUGGAAAUAAUUUUGAAAGUGGUUCGUUUCUGCUAAGUGGACACUGGACACGUUCAACUUAAGGGUGUUUGACCACUCUUUUUCUCAAAUAUUGUAAUUCAUAUCAAAUCUCGAGUUAAAUAUGCACAUCGGUAUGCUUAGUUUUUUUUUUUGGUAACUUGAACAUUUUUCUAAAGUAAACGUAAUGGGGCGAACAAGUGCAAUUUAGGGGUGUUUGACACGUAACUAUAUCAAAUGCUCUGAUUGACACUAAAUCUACAGAUAUCAACCCUUAAAUUUGUACUAAUACGCUUCAUUUUUUGUAAAUAUUUUUCAAACUUGGUGACUUUUCCGCGUAAAUUUUCAGUCGGCAAACGAUGGGGUGGAUCUUUUUAUGGCGCACAAUAUCACUUUUCCGGAAGAAUAUUCGGCGCGCAAAAAAGGGAAAUUCAUUUAGUGGUAAAGUGCUCCUUUCUUCUGUCACGGACGUUGCCGAAUCGUUUUCGGUUUUGUGCUUAAUUUUCGUUUUUCGCGUCCCAAUUUUGCGCCAUUCCUCUCUCCACGAUAUUCGCGACGCAGGCCACGAUGAAGUUCGCGCGUCGGCGAAACUCACGCGCGGCUCAGAAUGGUAUUGGAGCCCAAGUUUGCUGAUUAUGGAACUAUUAAUUCAACGGGAGACGCACAGCCCCAACGCAAUUCGCCUAAUGCUUUUCUAAGUCCAGACUCGAUAAUAACGACGUUGCCGCCCCUCGACGACGAGGAAUCGCCGAACACGUCCAAAGGGACCGCAAUGACCCAAGGUAAUAAUGUUUUGAAAAUUUCCUCUGCGUUUAAGAGUUACAAGAAUCGAAAAGCGUCCUCCCUGCCGAGUAUCAUGAACGAUUUUGAGUUGCGUAGCGUGAAUACAGAGUCGUCAGUAGCGUCGCAGAGCGAAGGUGAUCUGUACCAAAGGCAACCCCUGCUGCCCGCACCCGCCAAGGGCGACAGGUGGGGCCAGGGCAAUCGUCCGGAAUCUCGCCAGCAGUAUUACAGCGCCUCCGCGGAGGAUGACGACGACGACGCGCUCGAUAACCACGAGUCGAACGGCGUCAUCAAGAUAUCCAUGCCGCCGCCGAUCAGGGAGGAGCCACGUUUUCCGCAGGAACGCUGGAAGACCGUUAUAGCUGCUAUCGUCUUAUUUUUUAGUUUUCUUUUAACGCUAACCGCACUGGCAAUCGUGCACGAAAAGGUGCCGGAUCGAAACGUCGUCGAUCCGCUUCCCGACGUCUUUCUGAGUAACGUGCCCGAGAUGAUUUGGGGCCUGAGCGUCUCCGAGUACAUGAUCAUCAUCUGCGUGGCCUCAACGCUCAUCGUUUCCGUUUUGCACAAGCACAGAUUCAUCGUGUUCCGAAGACUGUUUUUAAUUUUAGCGUUGCUCUAUCUGUAUCGUGCCAUCACCAUGUUCGUUACCGUAUUGCCCGUACCGAGCAAGACCUACUACUGCUCGCCGAAGACAAACGCUACGAGCAUUUACGAGGUCACGAAGCGCGUGAUCGUGCUGUUUUCGGGCAUGGGAUUGUCGAUUAACGGCAAACACACGUACUGCGGCGAUUACAUGUACAGCGGGCACACCGUUAUCCUCGUCAUAAGUUGCCUGUUUAUUUCCGAAUAUACACCAAAAAAACUGUACCUCGUUCACUGGCUGUAUUACCUAAUGGCAUUGGUGGGAGUCAUCAUGCUACAACUCGGUCACGGCCAUUACACCCUCGACGUGAUCGUCGCCUACUACAUCACGACUCGAAUCUUCUGGACGUAUCACACGCUCGCGAACAACUCAUUUUUGAAGCAACACUCGCCGAACAAUUACCUCGGUCGUGAGUGGUGGUACUGUUUGUUUUUGUACUUUGAGGGAAACGUGACCGGCCCCAUUCCGAGACAGUGGCCGAAUUGGCCGUUGCCGUGGCCAAAACGUUGCCAGUCCAAAAGUAGGGAGAGUUAGUGAAGUGUACCGACUUUAAAUCAAAUUUAAGAGAAGACAUAUUUUUAUUAAAUGUGAAUUUUGUGAUAAAAAUGUGUGUAAACGCCUUAUGUGACAUAGACACUUUUCCUAUACUGUAAUCAAUGUACAGAUUUUUUUAUGUUAAAAAAAAUCCCUAGGUAAGUUUAAGAUCUGAUUUUCAAAGAGUAACUAAAGUUUAGUUGAGAUUAUGUGAUUUCGUUUAGUUUAAGUUGGAUAGCAGUUGUAAUGCAGGCUUGAUUUCCGAAUUCCCUCCCACUUACACACUAUGAAUCUCAUGCACUUCCUCCAUCACAAUUUUGCAAUACCUUACGUUGAACUCCUACAACUCUAUAAGACUGAUGACGACGUUUGCCGAGAAAAUCAAUACUGCAUUACCAGCGCGCAGGUUUUAAAUGAAAAAUGCCGCGGAAGCUCAGUAGUCGUUGAUAUUAUUAACCUCUAAUUGGUGUAAACGGUAUUAAUGUAAUCGGACCGAUAUAGAAAAAUACCAAAGGCGUAUUAGCAGUGUGAAUACAAUAAACUAACCACCAAGGAAUUGCCAUUGUUUGUGAUACAAUUCUUCGCAACUUUCUUUCCAAAAAAAAGCACACUACUUACGUUUUAAGAAAAUGUGUGCCAAACUUGGGACGAAACACGGGGCGUUCCCCGUAUAAAAAAUGUACUUUUACUUAUUACAAGUAAGCAACUUCGCAGCCAAAUGUACUAAUUUUUCACGAUGUACAAUAAACUUAGCGUAAAUUUAAUGUAAACUACCCUUUUUUUAAUCAAAAGAGGAAUGAACCGAUUCGCUUUUGAUUAAGAAAAUAAUGUACCUACAAAGUUUAUCGAUGUAUAUUGAUGUUGAUCUGGUUAUUUAUAAACAUUUGUUAUAAUAAAGAGGUAUUUUUAUUGAACUUGA